UUCAGGGUCCUGCGGUCCAUACUGUUAUCUUCCAAGGGUUAUUUUGACUUUCAGUAGUCACUUAGAAACACUAGAAAGCGUUAGAAUGGUCAUAUAUUUUACCUAUAGGUUGCUGUUUGCAUACUUUGCUUUGCCUGGAAUCUUACUUGGGGAUUUGGCUUUCCGAUGCCCAAGUUGUACGGCGGAGAGCCUAGCUGCGUGUCCCGAAGUCACAGCAACAUGCACAGAAAUAGUGAGGGAGCCGGGCUGCGGCUGCUGUCCACUGUGUGCCCGGUUGGAGGGGGAGCUCUGCGGGGUCUAUACGCCGAGGUGCUCCAGUGGCCUGAUGUGCUAUCCAAGCACAGAGUUUGAAUUACCUUUGCAACAGCUCAUUCAGGGUUUGGGACGAUGUGGACAAAAAGUGGAUUUGGAAGUCACAACAAGUCUGGUCCACCAGGCUACAAAUGAGGUGCAUGGGACUGAGAAUCCAGUCACCAAAAGACCUCCUUUGGCUGAGGCUUGGAUUUGGCAGGAGUCCGCCAGGAAACAACAUCUGAAUGAGCGCAAAGCCAAGAUGAAGACGAAACAACUAGAGGACCCCCGAACCCAGAAAGUGCUACAGAGCGCCUGCCAGCAGGAACUGGACAGGGUCUUAGAGGAGGUCUCCAAAAUAACCUCUGAGGAUAACCGAGGCCCGCUGGAGAAUCUGUACGAGCUCAAGUUUCCUAACUGUGACAGACAUGGACUGUACAACCUCAAACAGUGCAACAUGUCCACCCGGGGCCAGCGGGGCGAGUGCUGGUGCGUUAACCCCUUAACCGGGGUCCAGAUUCCAGCAACGCCCAAAGUCCGAGGGGAUCCCAACUGUAACCGGUUUCAGGAGGAACUCCGAGCGAUGCCCACCGCAGCUGAGGCUUACUAGCACAUCCUAUGACAGGGUUGGGUUUUCCUAAAAAUUCCAAAUCUGGGAGGAUUUUUCCACAAAUAGGGUUAUUAUAUCAACAUGUAAAGAAGUCGCUGUAUUUGAAGGCUUUGUCUCUUCUUCUUUUUUUAAUUUACACUAGGUUUAGGUUAAAGUAUCGCUGAACUUACAAUAGGAUGAAGUUGGCAUUGUUCUAGUUGUCCUGUUGUCAACAAAUCCCCUGUCCGUCUCUCAGUGCCUUCCGACUACUCUAGCAUGUCCUUGAGACUCAAGCCUGUGUACUCCUACUGAAGAUGUACAUCUGUAAAAGGGAGGAAUACAUGUUUAGUCUUUUUACAUGUCCUAAAGCAGCUGGCCACUGUAGUUUUUAGCAAACUUUACUUAAACUGAAGAAAAUGGUCAUUUGUUGGGGACUAUUUCUAACUGCGGAUUAAUACACAUUUGGUUUACACGUACGUUUUUAUGGAUGGAUGUAUGACAGCAAGACGGUUUAUGUGGGCUUAUGUGGGCUUAUGUGGCACACUUGCCAGUUGGAUCUUUUUAUUGUUGCUUUUAGUUUUUUAAUGGGAUUUGUUGACAAUAAAAACAAAUUAGAAUAUUGCCAGCCUUAUCCUUUAAAGCUGCAUUAAUUGAUUGUCGGGGCCACUUAGGGGCAGCAGAACAAGCUGUAAACCUAUAUUAUCUUUUGGUGAAUGUGUCAGACAGAGCAAGAGCAGCAUUUCUUUCUUUUUUUUACCCCUUUGACAAAAGUAAGUCUAAUCUUCACUCUUUAGAUCUUCAACAACUCCUGAGAAAAAUAGCUUGCUCUUAAGCUGCUAAAUGCUCCUCAAUAAACGCAAACUUUGCCCCGCUGCCGUUUGUUGCGGUGCAGCUAGUGCACAGUGGGUACAGUGGGUAGGUUAAAGAGAGCAGGGAGACGAACGAAAACCGGAAAGUUUUGGGUCAGAAAACCCAAACAAUGAGCUAUAAGAGACUGUAUGCUCUUUGGAGCUGAGAGGAACUGCAGAGUUGAGAAUUGUCUGUAGGUUUGUCUCUGAGCGACCACUUUCACAUUAGUUAUUUUAUCUAAUUUUAGUAUGGAAAUAUUGAUUAGUGCAGCUUUAAGGUCAACCUUAGAAAAUGUUAUGAUUUUGUAUUUCUUUUUAGGGUGACAAUGUAACAUCUGUUCAGUACUACAGAAUAAAAUCUCGACUUGUGGCUUACUCUACAAAUAUGUACAGUAUAUCUAAUCGACACUGCCACAGUUACAUGAACCAAUAAAUAAAAACAUUCUGCAUACUUUUUGAAGGUAUAAUCACAUGAAAAUAAGUUGAUGUGAAUUGUAGACAUCAUUUUAUGUAAUUUCUUAUUUCUUUUUUAAAGAAAUCGUGAAAUAAACUUGAAGACGCCUCGAUGUUGAGCUGAGGUUAAAGACUUACAGGUGCUCCUUGAAUUCCUUUUUGACAUCUCAAAUAUUUGCAAGCUAAAUGUCCUUUCAGUGCCAACAUGUUGUGUAAUCUUGUUUCCAUGAGUAAAUGCUCUGCAAGCAGGCAAUUAAACGUUGUAUCACUGUCA